AUGUCUACAAUAAAGGAUAAAAAUAUUUCCACCGACCUUCCCCCGAAAAAUUCUCGGUUUGUAGAAUUAAACAUAAAUAUAAAAGAAUAUGGAUACGGUUUUGAUUAUUUUAAUAGAAACAGGUACAGCGAGUAUAGAUCAUCGAAUGGAUAUGUAUUUAACAAAGUAUUAGAAGAUGAUACAGUUGUUUGGAAGGCUACAUGUACUUAUGAUUUUGCACAAUAUGUAUUGGUUUAUGAAGGUGAUGAGAAAUACAUCUUGAUAAUACCAUACUAUAAUAACUUGAUACUAUUCCGUCAACUAAAAGAUAACACGUGGGAGCGUAUUAAUAUUGAAAUCAAUUUGGCGAAGCUGAAGCUGUAUAAACAAUAUGUUUAUCACAAUGUACAGAUUAUUAACUUUAAAUUCAAAGUACUUGAAACUGUUGAUAAACUUAGAGAUAUGAAUACAUUAUCUGGUGACUAUUAUUACGAUCUUGAGAAGACUAAUUUUAGAAUCAUUUUCGAUAGGUUUUGCCAUGUCAUCUCGCAUGAGGAGAAGGAAAUUUGGAAACAAACCAAGGAUAAUGCUCACCACGGACAUCUUAUCUCUCUAAAUUUCGAACUGAUUUCAGGUUGUGUAACUAUUAAGUUCAUAGAUGGAACUGAUGAAACUCUUGAUCUAAAUAGACCAAGCAACAAACGACCAAGAGCUGAAGUUGAAUCCACUGAAGUAGUUGAUCUAAACCAAUCCAUUAACCAACUUAAUGAGAAUUCUGAACCAAGUAAUGAAAAUGUAGAGGAUAAAUCAGUGUCACCUGAGGUUAUAACUUUAGAUACUGAUACGAUGAUGUCGACAAACAAAUAUAAAACAGUUCGUGUGCCCAAUUACCAUCAUUUUAAAGCUAAUAAUGGUUUUGUGUUUGGGAAGAUAGUUGACGGUGAUAGAGUGAUUCUUGAUACAGACGAUCCCAGUAAGUAUGUUACAGAAUACAAUUGCCGUGUGGAGUUUGAUUCGAAUCUUGAGAAACAUUUUGAAUAUUUCGAGUGUAUUAGACCUAAUAUUGAUAAGUUAAAACUUUAUAAGAAAAAUGGUAUAGAGCUCAAUCCUGAUGAUUACUGUGUGCUUUCGAGCAAAUACUAUUAUCAAAUUCUCUUUAAUAAGAGUUUGUACAAAAUAAUAUAUGAUGGAAAGGUGUAUUGGAAAUAUAAUUAUUAUAAAAACGAAUGUUUCCCAUACCGUCUGUACUUUUCAUACAUAAAUAGUAACAUGACAAUGAGUUUUCGUGGUGGACAUGAAAAAGAAAUAAAAAUUAGUUGCAAUUUGUUGAAAAUGUAUAAACUUGAAAAUAAUAACAAAAUACAACUAGAAGAUGAACACUACGAGGUUAUUACACUAGAAUAUGACCGAAUAUUUUACACACUAAGAGAUGAUAUUAAAUGUACCGAGGUUUGGUUUGAUGACUGCAUCGUCUGGGAACACAAGUCUGGGAAAGAAUAUCCCAAAUCUAUAUGCUGUAAUUAUAAAUUGGCCAGAAUAGACAUCAGAUUCAAUUCAUAUGUAGCUUCAUUUGUUAGGUUCGGAUUUCAAAAUUAUAUCACUAAGUUUUUUUACUUACCUAAAGAUUUAAAAUUUUAUAAAGAGGACAAAAAUGGUAAUAGUUUGGAGUUGAGACCAAAUGAUUAUAGAAUUGACCUAUUAUGUCCUUCAUCAAUUGUGUAUAUUCUUAAACCCGUUAAAUGUAACGAGAUAAGAUUGGGGGAUUUAACUGUCUGGAAACGUCAAAAUAAAAAGGCUUUUCCUAGAAAAAUAGUUUAUGACCUUGAGGGACCCAGUAUCAGAGUGUACCGCAAACAGACUCGACAUGGAGAUUUUCAUAAAACGAGACUAAUGAAAAUUCAUAGAAAAAAUGGAGUAUGGAGAUUUUAUUAGGCGAUUUACAACAAAUCAUUACAAAAAUAGCAGUUUAACUUAGUAUAAUAAUAAAUUUGACGAG